CUCGACCUGUAUACAUUAAUAUUAUAUGACCUUUUUGCCAUUUUCACAGUGCGAUGGCGACAACCACGCUCCACUCUGGCCUGAGCCACCCCGCGAUGCGCGCGUGGACCGAGCCUACGCUGCAUGCGUCCCAGCUCAUCUACCCGCUCUUCAUCACGGGUCGGCCAGACGACAACCCGAUCCGCGGCCUCGAGCCGAACGUGCAGUGGGGCAACCGCGACAAGUACGCGUCGCUGGUCGCGCACUUGGAAGGCCUCGUCGCCAAGGGGCUGAGCAGCGUCAUGUUGUUUGGGGUCGUAGACAACAAGGACGCGUCGGGAUGCAUGGCGGACGACCCAUCGACGCCCGUGAUCGAGGUCAUGGCGGCGUUGCGCGCGGCGCUGCCGUCGCUGCUGCUCUCGUGCGACGUGUGCAUGUGCGAGUACACGGACCACGGCCACUGCGGCCUGCUCAAGCCCUCCCCUCACGGCGGAGAAGACAUCAUCGACAACGCCGCGACCGUCUCGCGCCUCGGCGCCAUCGCGCUCGCGUACGCCCGGGCCGGCGCGCACAUGGUGUGUCCAUCCGAUAUGAUGGACAACCGCAUCGGCGUGAUCCGCGCGACGCUCAACGCGCACGGGUUCGCGCACGUGAGCAUCAUGGCGUACACGUCCAAGAAGGCAUCGUGCAUGUACGCGCCGUUCCGCGACGCGGUCGAGUCGACGUUCAAGGGCGACCGCCAGCGGUACCAGCACCCCGUGGGCAGCCUCUCGCACGCGCUGCUGGCGUACGACCGCGACGUGGCCGAAGGAGCCGACACGGUGAUCGUCAAGCCGAGUCUGUUCUACACCGACAUCGUCCGGGCGCUGAGCGACAAGAAGCUCGUGCCCGUGGCGUGCUACGUCGUGUCGGGCGAGUACAAGAUGCUCAAGGACUACGGCGACUCGACGGGCUCCAUGGACGCCGUGGUGCGGGAGGCCCACUUGAGUCUCGUGCGCGCCGGCGCCAACAUCCUCAUCACGUACUUUACGCCGUUCAUCCUGAACCGCGUCGCCGGUUGGUGAUAAAGGUGUAACUAAUAAAUGUAUCAUUCACACUGAA